GAAGUGUUGUUUCUAUUAGAAGACAAGAAUGGUUUCGCCUGCCCAGAGAGAAUGAUGGCCAUAAAGACCAUGUUCCAUGCGAAUUGGUGAAAUUGCGAUCACGUUGAGCUCUUCCAUAAGAAAUUGUUGACGGCAACCUCAGACCCUUGCACGAUCCACGACAGAAAUUCACCAGACAUCAAAAGCACCAUGGAACGUGUAAAAAGAACAGCGGUAUACACAACCAUGCUCAGCACAAUUGUCGAGAUCAACAAUAAUGCUGUUGGUCUCUUGCAACAGAACGACUUUCAAGCAGCUCUAGAUGAGUUCGUCCAAGCCAUCACGUGGAUUCGUUCCGAGGAGAAUACAUUCCUUGAUGACGACCAGAACGAUGUCGGAUUGCCCUUGAGUACCGAGACGUGUUUGUAUGUAACGGAGAGUGUGCCAUCGUCGGACGAUGCUUCUUGUAGUAGACCCUUGGAUACUGGUGCUGGGAGAUGUCACGAUCAGUACGAUCGGAUUUUUCUGAUUGUACCAAACGAUGGUGGUGAAGACGACGAGAUCGUAGAGGACGAGCCUCGCCUACCAGGUCAAAACGAGCGACGGUUAAUCACGUGUGGGCUCCUUUUUAACAUAGCAAUGUGCUAUCACCGAAAGGCCAUGUGCACUUACAAACUUGAUGCCGAUUCUCUUUUUCAGAAGGCGUUGCAAGUUUACAACGUGAUACCAUCAUUUUGCGCAGAAACAAGCGAUGCAUCCGCUCGUAUUCCGCCUGACGACAGUUUGCUGAUAGUUUUCCUCGGUGUAUGGGCAAACUGCACCUACAUUUACUCCCGUUUACAUCAACAUCGACAGUCACUCGCCUGUCGCGAGAACUUACGCAGGGUUUUCUUAAGAAUCAGCGCUUCAAGCAACAUAUCGAAGGAAGAGUACGGCUUUUUUGCUGUUAACGUUGUCACGAAUCAAAGUCUGUGUCUUAAGCUGGCACCUGCAGCUUGAGAAUUGCCGUUGUUUUUAAAGUCGAACUUUAGUAACUCUCGAUGGACUUACUG